AUGCGCACGUCAACAUAUAUGUGGGGAUUGUCGGCUACAGACCAAAGAGUCAAAGAUCACCUCCAGAACUCGUCGGACAUAGAAGCGGACGAUGUCGAGACGGACGACCAGACCUCCAACAUGGAUGAUGAGCUUCUCACCCAGUCGGACCUGGACGAGAACGGCGACCCAAAGAGCCCGGUCAGCUCCAGCUCGAAGAAGGGCAAAGGCUCCUCGAGGGACUCCAAGGGGGGCACGAAGCCCCGAAGGGCGAGGACGGCCUUCACCUACGAGCAGCUGGUCUCCUUGGAGAAUAAAUUCAAGACCACCAGAUACCUGUCAGUGUGCGAACGGCUUAACCUGGCUUUAAGCCUCAGCUUGACGGAAACACAGGUCAAAAUCUGGUUCCAGAACAGGCGCACCAAAUGGAAGAAGCAGAACCCCGGGAUGGACGUCAACAGCCCCACGGUGCCGCCACCACCGGCCGGGGGCUUUCCCUCAGGGCCCUAUCCGGGGGGCCUCCUCUACUCCCACGGGGUGCCCUACCCGUUCACGGGGCCGGGCCCCUACGCGCCGUACUUCCACCACCUCGCCGCCAACCACCACCACACCCACGGCAGCCUGGGGCACUCGCACACG